CUCUGCCUGGAUGGAAACUUGGUACCCUGACAUUUGAAGGAGAUAUGGGGCACGUGAGCUGUCAUGAAUAGGGUAUUUUGUGAUAACGUAACACGGUUGGCAUUGGCUGUAAAUAUUUGCAACAACCGUCAGUUAUACGACUACGAGGUGGCUUAGUAUACAAGAAAUGUAUAUUAGUGAGAUAUUAUUUACGUCCGUGCUGCAUGGGUGUGUAAAUGACCGCGUGACAUAAUUCAACUUCCUGCUAUAAAUACAAUGGAUAUGAAGAUGAUGUUGAUGCUAUGUUGUUUUAUACUGUUUAUCUUGGAUAUUAAAUGUUCAACUCCUGCGAAUGUCUGUCAAAACACCUCACGGGUUUGUUCGUCGCCGGCAACGCCUUGUACAUGCAAAAACUAUUACGAAAUAGCCACGAUAUGCUUCUAUGUAGACAUCAGCAGCAAUACAUUUGCUGUUGAGAUUUCUUCCCAGGAAACGGCAAAUUUCCUGAUACGAGUUUUCCCUGAAUCCAACACGAAUCGAAUUUUAAGAAUUGAAACGGCAUCGGCGUCCUGCCGGUUGUUUAACAUGCCAGAGGGAAACUACAAAAUAAAGGUUGAGUCGAGAACACUGCGAAACCAAGUGAAAUGUUUCUGUGGAGGCGAUAUGGAAGAUUGGUGUGUAUAUUGUGAUACCCAGGUCACUGUUGUUGAUUAUUCAGAUAAUUGGACCGCCUUGCCACAGACUCCAAUAUAUAUAUCUACAAAAGCAUUUUCAACUUUAGCAACAUCAAAGCCACUUCUUUCCAAAACAUAUCUCAAUGAACCGUCAUAUGAUCGUAAAUAUGAUACAUUUGUUGACGAAUCCACAUUCCAAGCUAACGGAUCCGCUUCAGACAAUGAAACCCAACGGGACACAGCAGAGAAAGACUUAUUAACUGUGACUGGAUCAGAAUAUGUAAUUCUUAUUGUAGUUACAUGUGUCUGCUUCGUCCUGGUGCUUCUGAUUAUUGUACUCGUCAAAUGCUGCAAAGGAAGGUUUCGUGGAGGUAUUACCAAGGCUAGCCAUCUGACCUCUUCUUCAACAGCGGAAGUACUGCCACAUCCCGAGAGCCUUCUUACGGAAAAUACUGUUAUCCUGCCAGCGAUAGCAACAGAAAGUGAUGCACAACAAAACGCUCUUGAUUCCGGUUUUGAAAGUACAUCUAUGUGCCAGUGUUCUAUACUACAUAACACAUACAAUGGAGAUGAUGUAAAUUCUGCCUACGAUGAAAAAUGGGGAGCCUUCUCAAUACCAAAACCUGUAACGUAUGAACUAGAACAUAACGUCGAAUCGGCAAUUAGCAAAUGUAAUGGUUGCAACUCAAAGAACAAUGUUCAUUGUAUUGUUCCAGAGCAGCAGCUGCAGCAUUUGGCGCCUUCAGAAGUGUACUUUAGUCCUCCAGAAGAUCAGAGUUUGGCUGUGUCAGAAGAAAUACAUAGAAUAAACAGCGCAUAUAUGAAAUGUAUCGCAGCAGAACGAAAUCAACGACUUCCGUUAAUGGAGAGGUCGGACGAAACGAUUGGAGAAUGUCAAGUGUGCAGGAAAACGUUUCGUUCGAAAGCAUUGUGUCCUGAUCAAGGAUAUCCCUCUUCGGCAUUUGAUAUAAUAAGCUUAGGAGGAAAAAGUGUAUAGUUAGAGGAAGUCAUUCCAGAUGAUACGCCUUCUCGAGAGAGAAAAAACAAAGGAGACAUUAUAU